AUGGAUCACGGCCACGAUGAUGGAAGUUCAAUUAUUAAGCACUGUUCCAUGAAAAUGACAUUUAAUACUGACUAUAAUAAUCUUUGUAUCGUCUUCAAGCAAUGGCAUAUUGGUUCUGGUUUGCAAUUUGCCAUUUCCUUGCUGGCCAUUGUUUUUCUUGGAUUCGCCUUUGAAAAACUACGUAGCUAUAAUUCUAUCAAAGAAUGUGAUUUUCAACGCUCUUAUGCCGAGCAAACAAAUGGACUACUUACGGCUUCGAAACGAUCGGGAAAGAUCAGUCGUCCAUUGUGCCUUUGUGCCUUGUAUGCUCUUCAACUCAUAUUCUCUUAUUUCUUAAUGCUCGUUGCUAUGACUUACAAUGCCUAUGUAAUUGCUGCAAUUGCCAUCGGUGCUGCCUGGGGCUACCGUCAUUCACAUUCUGAUAGUCUACAGACUAUUGGUCUUUGCCAUUAA